AUAGUGAAAGGUUUGAUAUCUGAAUGCGAUCCAUUCUUCUGUUUGGAAUGUGCCUACCAUCAGGAGGAACAUCUGUUGUCCCGGAAAAGAGAAUCUAUAACACCUGCACAAUCUAUAGAGAUAGGGAGUGGGCCCUCGAUUGGGUGGGGGGCUACACGAGGCGGGAUGUGGGGCCGAUGUGUUUCUGAAGAACGCCACGGGUGAUGACUGGUUCUGUGUAGGAGGGAUUAUUAAAUCCAAGGAUGAGAGGAUGGACGGGCAUGGACGGAAGUUCAGGAGGUUCUUUCCCACAACGGUGUCCGACGAACAAGGAGUGGAUCAUGCGAAGGCCGAUCAUAAAGUCAGCCUUGAUUACAAUUUGUUCAAGGGGUUUGGCGCUAAGGCUAUUACCAUGAAAGCCUUCGAUGUGUCCCCGAAAGAAGACAGGAACGUGUUGACGAUGCUUGGCCCCGUGAAAUUCCUCAGCAAAACGAACGGGUACAGGAGAUCCGGAAACAGUCCCACGGUAGAGGUCGGGCAUCGUAUGUCCCCGACAUUCGUGCCUUUUGACACGCCGGACGAGGAUCCCCCCGGUAUAGCAAAGAGAGAGAAACAGCGAACGCCAUAUCGUUUUCCAACGCAGCAGACAUCAGCGAACGGUAGCCGGCACCUCAACAAACAGAGCCAGCCGUGUCAUCCACCUGACGAAGUGGCCCGUAGUCCUCCUAUAGGUUCGUCCCACCGGAAGGAGUGUGCUGGACCGUCUCAGUUGUCCAGUCGGCAACACGAAGGCACCCCUGUCWUCACAUACAAAAGGAAGGUCGUGGCAACUCCUUCGUCUCCCACUCGCCAGAAGGACGAUGGUGUUGCCUCCCUGAGGGCGACGCUACGGGAGAUAAGCGUCGGAUCGAACGAGGAAACGGAGGAUGAUCCUAGGAUUUGUGUUGGUCGACAUCCACAGGGUAAUCAUGCCGUCGAUGAUGAGGAAUGGGUUCUUCCAAGAGCUCUGUCGAAACAGACACAACCUUUCGCCAACACCCAUGAUGAAGCCAUCGACACAGCACGGUGCUUCUUCUUGGAGUUCGAUGAAGAUGGGUUUGCGAAGAAGAAACGGGAACACAUUGAAGUGGAUGUCACGAAAAUCUUGCCAAUUCCUGAAAGUGACAUCCUCUUCAACCAUAGAACAUUGGAAAAGACGUUGGUGCAAUCCAUAUAUGAUGCGAUCCAUAAUGCGGCCAAGGAAACCAACGGGAAGUGGGAUAUCAUGACUUUCAUCCUGACUCUCAUUGUGCCCAACGGGGACGGGUCUCAAGGCAGACGGAUCACACCGAAGCAAUUCGACGUCGAACUAGCUUAUACAUACAACUGGUAUGUUGUUGCUGGUCAGCACACGGCUGAGGCAAUGAACAGAUUCAUUAAGGACAAGUCACCGGCCGAGAAAGUGUAUGGCUUGAGGUCAUACUCUCACGUACGAGUUGUCUACUUCGACGAUGACACAAAGAGAGGAUAUCCGUACGUCUCGACGUUCGACAACACGAGGGAGGAGUGUUCCAUCCCGAGAUCGAAUGACCAGAUCCGUCCUCCAGGCACCGUGUCCCCGAAUGACGUCGAGGGAAUGAAACGGAAAAGGAAAUGGGAAGCGUUCAUGAACGCCGCCUGCAAAAUGACACCUGAUUUUGGUCUCAUGAACUCGUCCCUGGAGAACGAGUACUGCAAGGACUGGACGAACAAGAUGCGCAGAUACAUGAAUCUUUCGCAGUGCGGCGAGACGGUAUGGCCACUAGUACAGAAAUUAUUUGACAUGUAUGAGAAAGGGCUAUUGCCGAGAAUCUACGGUGUGAGAUACAUCGACGUGCCGGGGAAAGUGGAAGGUAGGCUGCCUGGGCAAUACUUCCUCAAGGACAACUCCGGCAAAGAAGUCUUGUUCCACUGUAUCAAGCCCAGAAAGGGGUCACCAGGCGCAACGGUGUCUAUACCUGACUUGACGCCCACAAUCUUUAAGCAAUUUGGCGAUAUGACAGCUAGAGAGAAGCAAGUGGCGCUUCACCACAUGAUGCGUGGUGAUGUCAUCGUGUCAUCACGUACGGUAGUUCAUGGUAGAUGGAAUAUGGCGGACCUGGUGAAAUAUACUCGUUGUGAAAGGUAUAUGGUCCAUAUGUUCAACUACAUAUUGUUCAAGGCCGAGGGAAGGUCAAAAGAAGAGUGGAACGCUGACCUCUUCAUCGGUUAUACGACCAUCUGGGAGAGGUACAGCAAAAACGGCCUGACUGACGAGAAAUGGACCGAGGAACGCGACCGCAUCCCUGACGACAAGACGAGGAAGGUGCCGAGGCGUUUGGGUGGUCCUGAUGAGGAAAAUUGUGAGAACGGUGCGGGACUGAAGGCAACCCAAGGCAUGUACAAGGAAGUCUCGUUCCACCUCAAGUGUUUCAUUUACGAGGCGAUCGACUGCUUGGACGACCUGAGAGCGGAGGUUAAUCGAAUAUCCUCCAGUGCUUGUCACAUCUUUUGGGAAGUGGGGAAGAGGAUUACCACGAUCUUGCCAUUUGAAAUCGAACCGAAGGGAGUGCUCACCGACAACGAGGAGGUUAUUGGUACGGCGGGGGGAUGAAGAUACGGGCAACCAUUCUUAAUAUGUCAACAUCACCAAAAUGUGUUUCGUGGGAUGAUGACGCAUUUUCUGAACUGUACGCUUUCCUCAUGACAUGUUGUGGUGAAAAUUGGACCUUCGUCAUUUUCGCGCCGAUGAAGCACUAGAAACAGGUGCCAGGAGUCGAUAGAUUCGCUCCGAGCAGCGAACGCUCAUGUCGAUGGAAACAGAUGAAGACGAAGACUUGGAUAUCACAACACUCACGCCGAAACUCGUGCCAGGAAAACCGUUACCUUAAGGCUUUGCUC